CACGGACCAUGUCGACAAUGGAGUCUCCCCAAUCUCACACCCCCUUUGAACCCUUUGCCAUUUUAACACCUAGACUGCUGCUCUUGCCCACCCCGAUUGCCGUCUCCUUGGCCACCUACCGCGCCCAUUAUGCAGGCUUACAUGCCGACAAGAGCUUCUGUCAAAUGGCCUUUGGAGACCAUUUCCCGGCUCGCAACUGGAGCGACGAUGAAACUCGGGCAGUGAUCGAGACGCGUGAUAUUGAGCGGUCUUGGAAGAGACGGGGCCUGGGUGAUUUUGCUGUAGGACUGCGCGCGUCCUGCGAUCGCGAUGAGUACACUACCGAAGGCACUUCACGUUGCUUGGUGCUCAAGGGAGAUGAGUUCCAGAGUCUUGCGGGGCAGAACUCGCAACUCCUGCGUGAGAUUAAGUGGGUGGGCUAUGCUGGGGUCCGGGAUGCAACGACGACGUCUCUCCCAGACCGCGAAGAGGGUGACACGCCUCUCCCACCAUGGCAGGAGAUGGUUGAGCUGAGAUACGGUAUUUCGCCGGCAUUCUGGGGUGGGGGGAUUGCAAAAGAAGCAUCCGAGGCGGUUAUACAGUGGGCAGUCAAUGAAAGGGGCGUCAAGAGAUUUAUUGGCGAGACAGAGCGACACAAUCAGCGAAGUGCGAGGCUUUUACAAAAGCUUGGAUUUGUUACCAGCGGAACAAAUUAUUGGAAAGAGCCCAGUGAACUGGAAUGGGAAUUAGUUAUAUAAUUAUACUGUACCUAUCCUUUCAAUCCACUGCGGAGGGGGUCUGGGAUACGACAGGCUGUGCAGGAGACGAUUGAAAGAACAGUAAAUUACGGGAAGGAAAAGG